AUGUUGUGUGACGGUACAAUUCACAGAAAGCCAAUUCGACACUAUAAGAAGACCCCAACCAUACAGUUUUUGAGACGCGUCGAAUGUCGAACUCACAAAGUCAGGCGUCAUAUACCUCCCGCGACCAGUGGUACAGUGGUUGUGCGUUACGGCACUCUUCAUGGUCUUCAGGACCGACGAGCCAUGCGAUGCCGGUACAGAGGUAUCAAUCAUGGUGACGAGGUUAAGUCGGGGGUUCGGUGCUUGUGUCAAACAAUAGCUCUAAGCCCCAGCCCUUUGCACAGGGACAUAACUCGCGGACUCAAAAGACGACUACACAUAAAAAUGCAUUCAUAA